GAAAUACAAUGGAUUUUUUAAGUUGGAUGAAUAUUGCUUUACAAAAGGCAAAUGAUUCACUAAAAUCUGGUGAAGUACCAGUUGGAUGUUUAUUUAUAUAUAACAAUAAUGUCAUUGCUACAGGUAAUAAUACAGUUAACGAAACUCGCAAUGCUACUCGACAUGCAGAAAUAAAUUGUAUAGAUCAAGUUUUAGAGUCCUGUAACAUAAAAGAUUUAAGCUAUAAAAAUAUUUUUUAUGAUACUGAUGUUAUUGUUACUGUAGAACCAUGUAUAAUGUGUACAUCUGCAUUAUGUCAACUACAGGUACGUAACAUUAUAUAUGGUUGUGGAAACGAUCGUUUUGGUGGAUGUAUAAGUGUUUUUGAAGUACCAAAACUUUAUAAUUCAAGAACAAAAAUAAUAGGAGGUAUCAAAGGUACUGAAGCAAUGACAUUGUUAAAAGAAUUUUAUAAAGGUACAAAUCCAAAUGUACCUGAAUCAAAAUUUAAAAAAGACCGUAAAAGGAAGGACACAUAAAUAUUACAAAUUUAAUAAAUUCAUUUUUUGUUUAAUUAUAAUUUAUUACUAAAAAACAUUUUAGUUUCUAUUCUGAUUUAUAAUAUGAUACAUAAACAAAUCAAUUUUAUACAAAAUAUUAUGUAUUAAUAAUUGUACAUUGCCAGUAGAGCAAAUUGUUUUAUAUACAUAUAGUGGCCUUGUUUAUUUUGUACUUAUUUAUGAAGGAAUAAAUUCCAAAAAAAUGUAGUUAUGAA